AUGGCCAGCGAAUUCAACGCCGCCAAUUUCUACAAGCGCCUUGCUGAAGACGGCAAGCUGACCGGCAUCCGCUGCAACUCCUGCGGCCAGGUUUCGCCUGAGGCCCGCCCGAUGUGCGCCGCCUGCCGCAGUUUCGACGUGGCUUGGCAUCCCUUCAGCGGUAAUGCAACCCUCAGCACCUUCACCUGCAUUUCAGUGGUCCCGGACUACUGGGGGCAGAAGGGCUAUGGUCGCAACAACCCGUACUGCACCGGUAUCGUAACCUUGGAAGAAGGCCCACGAAUCAGCGCCCGCAUAACUGGCGUGGACGGCUCCAAUCCACAGUCCAUUCGCACCGGGAUUCCCUUGGCGCUGGACUUGGAGGACCUUGAUCCGGACCGCCCGUCGCUAGCGUUCAGACCGGCGUAG